AUGAAUGACACUAUUGAAGAAAAUAAGAUUGAAGUCCUCCCACCGAUACCAAAUGUUAUCGAAGAUUCUAUAGCAUCACGUACAAAAGAAAUUACUAAACGGCCAAAACGGGAACGUAGUCCAACUCAUCAAGUUCAACCAUCGGCGCCGAAGAUUAAAAAAAUCAAAGAGGUCGCACCCAAAUUAUCGGAUAAAACAAAAUGGACAAUGGAAGAACAAAAACAGUUUUUCAGUGCACUGCGAAUUUAUGGCAAAAACUUCGAUGCACUUGGACAAUGUUUCAAUACAAGACGUCGUCUUGUAAAUCCUGAAGCACAAAAACGUACAUUUGGUCAGAUACGUUGUUUUUACUAUCGUUCAUUUCGUACAGUUUCAAAGUUAUGUACAUUUACUGAAGAGGAAAAAGUUAAUGUUGAUUCACUUGAAUUACGUUCUGUUCUGGCUUAUUUAUGUUUAAAACCAAAAGUUAAAUGUUUUGAUAAAAAGCCAACUAUAUCUGUUUUACAUCAACUUAUUCGCAAUGGUAGCGCAUUUUUACGUGCCAAAGGACAACGAGAACAUGUAUCUAUUAUUGGUAAAGCAUUAAAGCCACCUAAAACAUCUAAUACACUUGGUACAACAAAACAGUCCGAUAGAACAUUAUCAAAACAUAUUAGAAUUUUAUUAAGUCCAGCAUCACCAAAUGCUUAUAUGCGUGUUGCUCUAUCAUGUCGAUAUCCUCAUGUUGAAGUUUUAGUAUCACGUACGACCACACUAUAUGAAUUAAUUGACAGAUUAACUCAAUAUUGGCAAUUAAAUAAUCAUGCUCAAUCUUUAUUCAAAGAUGAUCUAUCUAUGGAACAACUUUUUCUAUAUCCUCACGGAUCUUAUCUAUCUUCGUCGUUCAUAGAUCUUCCAUCUGUAUCAACGGAUUCAAAUCCUGUACUUGAUCUUGCAUCUUCACGAAAACAAUCAAUCGCUAAUAUUGAUAAACAAUGUCGUUCACGAUCUGAUUCAGAAAUUUCGACAGAACCUGUAGUUGAUCCUUCUUUAACAUUACUACAAUCGAAUGCAAUUCUUAAAAGAAACAAUUUGUCUGAAAAUGAAUUUCCAAAUGAAUCAACUGUCAUAUCUAUUUCUCCAUCGUCAACACCAUCACCAUCAGUUUCUUUUCCUUCAUCGUCAUCAUCAACGUCCAUCGUAACCAUUAAUAAUAAAUCGAAUUUAGCCCGAACAGCUAUUUUACUUGCUGCUAAACGAGCUGCUUCCAAUAAUCCUACGAAUAAUUAUGAUACAUCAACAUUUACACUAAAUGAUGGCACAGAAGAUGAAGCCGAUAGUAGUUCAACUUCAUUCAAACAGAGACUUGAUUUUCUUGACUUAAUCGAUGAAUUUCCAUCUGAAGACGAGAUUGAAUCUGACGCAAAUGCGUCCGUACCUGUAUCAACAACAACAACAACAACAGCAACAUCUUCUAUGUCUGUGAAUAAUUCAACAGCUGUUACAUUAACAGAUAUAUCUCAAGGUAUCAGUCGGGCGAAUUCGUUAUUUUCAACAUUAACAAUUGGUGAAUUACAAAAACUAUUGCAACGGACAAAAGAACUAAGACUUAACUAUGAUUUUACUAGUUUAUUACGUACAAGUAAUGCUACUGAUUGUGUAUCACCUGCAUCUUUUCUUCACUAUGUUAUACAAACCGCAAAUCAAUGUUUAACAACUAUGGCUGAUCGUCAAUCGCAAUCAGAAAUAAAAACAACAAAAAAAACAAAUACAAAAAAGCAACAAAUAUCAAAAUCAAAAUGUUUCUGCUCUUGUUGCUCUCAUCAGCAUUCAUUCAGUACAAAAGACCAACGACGUUCAUCGGUAAAAGCUGCUAAUUCACCAAAUACUGAGAUGUGUGCUUUAUUACCAAUGUCGCAGUCAAUGUCAACGCAAGAUAUGAUUACUAGUGCACAUGAUGACAUAUUCACAAUGACAAAUUCUCUACAAAGUAAUAUGAUGAAAUCUGAACUAGUCUAA